UAAUUGUGGUACAACAUAGUAGUUAUCUAUUUAAUCGUAAUUACUUUGUCAGAGGGAGGUAACUGGAUGUUAGCAGUGACUACAACCUAUGGUCACUGCCGCCAUAAAGUGCUACGAAAUAAGAGGCGAGAAUGGCGGACGCUGCAGCGAGGCAACUGCAAUACGAAUAUAAAGCUAACUCCAAUCUCGUUUUACAAGCUGACGUACGUUUAAUAGAAAGACGUAGCAGAGAUGAAGCCACCGGUGAGGUUAUGUCCCUUGUUGGGAAACUUGAUGGAACACGAAUGGGUGAUAGAGCACAACGUACUAAACCGGGAAAAGCGGAAGAACGAAAAGUCAAGCGUCAGAAACGAGACGAGGCACAAUAUGACUUUGCCCGAAUGAAGGGUGCAACACUCCUUUCAGAAGGUGUAGAUGAAAUGGUUGGGAUUGUUUAUCGUCCUAAAACUCAGGAAACACGGCAGACUUAUGAGGUGUUACUAAGUUUUAUUCAGGAAGCAUUAGGGGAUCAACCAAGAGAUAUUCUUUGUGGUGCAGCUGAUGAAGUAUUAGCAGUAUUAAAAAAUGAUCGUCUUAAAGAGAAAGAAAAGAAGAAAGAAACAGAACUAUUAUUGGGUACAUUAGCAGAAGAAAGAUUUGCACUAUUGGUUAAUCUUGGGAAGAAAAUCACAGACUUUGGAAGCGAUGAAAAGGGCACCACAAAUGAAGAGAAUAUUGAUGAAACAUAUGGAAUUAAUGUACAGUUUGAAGAAAGUAGUGAGGAAGAUGAUGAAGAUGUUUAUGGAGAAGUUAGAGAAAAUGAUGAUGAGGGUGAUGAAGGUGAAGAAGCUAAUGAUGACAGAGCUAUACAUGCUGAAAAUUUAGGUGGUGCAGAAGAAAUGAAAAAGGAAAAACCAUUGCACCCUUUAGACAUAGAUGCAUAUUGGUUACAAAGAAGAUUGAGCCGCAUCUACGACGAUGCGAUGAUUUCACAAGCAAGAGCUGCUGAAGUAUUAGCGGUCUUGAAAGAUGCCGGAGAUGACCGUGACUGUGAAAAUCAAUUAGUACUUUUAUUGGGUUAUGAUUGUUUCGAUUUUAUCAAACAACUAAAGAAAUAUAGACAUACAAUUGCAUAUUGUACUAUGUUGGCAUCUUCACAAUCUGAAUCUGAGCGUCAAAAAAUUCGAAAUAAAAUGAACGAUGAUCCUGUAUUAGCAAAAAUUUUACGACAGUUGGAUACAGGAAAAGGCGACGAUGAUGCCGAUGAAACAAUGGAAGCGAGAGCUCAACGCAAAAGAAGAGAAGAAAAUGAAGAUACUGGAGGUCCGGGAGGUCAGGUGCAGGGUACGAGAAAUUUAAUAGAUUUGGAAGACCUGAUAUUUGCACAAGGCAGUCAUUUUAUGGCAAACAAACGGUGUCAAUUACCUGACGGAAGUUUUAGGAAACAGCGAAAGGGAUACGAAGAAGUCCAUGUCCCUGCAUUAAAACCAAAACCAUUCGCAGAAAAUGAAAAGCUUCAUCCAAUUGAUCAGUUACCAAAAUAUGUGCAGCCAGCUUUUGAAGGCUUCAAAACGUUAAAUCGAAUUCAGAGUCGUUUACAUCAAGCUGCUUUAGAAAGCGACGAAAAUUUGCUGUUGUGUGCACCAACCGGUGCUGGUAAAACCAAUGUUGCGCUUUUAUGUAUGAUGCGCGAGAUUGGAAAACAUAUAAACGCAGAUGGCACAAUUAACGCUGAUGAAUUCAAAAUAAUUUACGUCGCACCUAUGCGUUCUUUGGUACAAGAAAUGGUUGGAAAUUUCAGUAAGAGGUUAUCUACAUAUAAUUUAACUGUGUCCGAAUUAACUGGUGACCAUCAGCUAACAAGAGAACAAAUAGCUGCAACUCAGGUUAUUGUGUGCACUCCUGAAAAAUGGGAUAUCAUAACACGAAAAGGAGGCGAGAAAACCUUUACUUCGUUGGUAAGAUUGAUUAUCAUUGAUGAAAUCCAUUUGUUACAUGACGAGAGAGGUCCCGUUUUAGAAGCGUUAGUUGCGAGAACGAUCAGAAAUAUUGAGACAACACAGGAAGACGUAAGGUUGAUAGGUCUUUCUGCUACAUUACCAAAUUAUCAAGAUGUUGCCACAUUUUUACGCAUAAAACCAGAGACAGGCUUAUUUUAUUUUGACAACAGCUUUAGGCCUGUGGCUUUGGAGCAACAAUAUAUUGGUGUAACAGAAAAGAAAGCUUUAAAACGUUUCCAAGUGAUGAAUGAAAUUGUGUAUGAAAAAACUAUGGAACAUGCCGGGAGAAAUCAAGUUCUGGUCUUUGUACAUUCGCGUAAAGAAACUGGCAAAACGGCACGUGCUAUCAGAGACAUGUGUUUAGAAAAGGACACAUUGGGACAAUUUCUUAGAGAAGGAUCUGCAUCCAUGGAAGUGUUAAGAACAGAAGCUGAGCAAGUUAAAAAUCAAGAACUGAAAGAUCUGCUACCUUAUGGUUUCGCAAUUCAUCAUGCUGGUAUGACAAGGGUAGACAGAACACUGGUUGAAGAUCUGUUUGCUGACAGGCAUAUACAAGUUUUGGUGUCCACAGCAACUCUAGCAUGGGGUGUUAAUUUACCUGCACACACAGUUAUUAUCAAAGGAACUCAGGUGUACAAUCCAGAAAAAGGUAGAUGGGUUGAACUAAGCGCUCUGGAUGUACUACAAAUGUUGGGCAGAGCUGGACGUCCGCAGUAUGACACUAAAGGUGAAGGUAUUCUCAUUACAAAUCACAGCGAAUUGCAGUAUUAUUUGUCUCUUUUGAAUCAACAGUUGCCUAUCGAAUCGCAGUUAAUCAGUAAAAUGUCAGACAUGUUGAAUGCAGAAAUUGUACUGGGUACCAUACAAAAUAUCAGAGAUGCAGUCACCUGGUUAGGAUACACUUAUUUGUACAUUCGAAUGCUUCGGUGUCCGAAUUUAUAUGGUAUUAAUCAUGAUAAAUUGAAAGAAGAUCCAUUGCUUGAAUUACAUAGAGCAGAUCUUAUUCAUUCUGCUGCGGUAGGAUUGGAUCGCAGUGGUUUAAUCAAAUAUGACAGAAAAUCUGGAAAUUUCCAGGCUACCGAGUUAGGUCGGAUAGCAUCACAUUAUUACUGUACACAUGACACUAUGUCUAUAUAUAAUCAGCUCUUAAAACGAACUCUAAGCGAAAUCGAAUUAUUCAGAGUAUUUUCAUUGUCUAGCGAGUUUAAACACAUAAAUGUCAGGGAAGAAGAGAAACUGGAGUUGCAAAAACUGAUGGAAAGAGUACCAAUUCCAGUGAAAGAAAGCAUAGAGGAACCGAGCGCAAAAGUCAAUGUACUUUUGCAAGCAUACAUCUCUCAGUUGAAACUGGAAGGAUUCGCCCUCAUGUCAGACAUGGUAUUCGUCACUCAAUCUGCAUCGCGACUGAUGAGAGCAAUAUUUGAAAUUGUCUUGUUUCGUGGCUGGGCGCAAUUGGCAGAUAAAUGUCUGUCUUUGUGUAAAAUGAUUGACCGCAGAAUGUGGCAGUCAAUGUCACCUCUCAGACAGUUCAGAAAGAUGCCAGAAGAGAUUGUGAAGAAGAUAGAGAAGAAGAACUUUCCUUGGGAAAGAUUAUAUGAUUUAGGACCAAAUGAAAUUGGAGAGUUAAUCAGAGUACCUAAGCUGGGCAAAACUAUUCAUAAAUAUAUUCACCAGUUUCCCAAAUUAGAAUUAUCAACUCAUAUUCAGCCAAUUACACGGUCCACUUUAAGAGUUGAGUUAACCAUCACACCUGAUUUCCAGUGGGAUGAUAAAGUGCAUGGUGCAUCAGAAGCAUUUUGGAUUUUAGUGGAAGAUGUGGAUUCUGAAGUAAUACUUCAUCAUGAAUACUUUUUACUUAAAGCUAAAUAUGCAACAGAUGAACAUUUGAUCAAGUUCUUUGUACCUGUAUUUGAACCUCUGCCACCACAAUAUUUCCUGCGUGUUGUAUCAAACAGGUGGAUUGGAGCAGAAACCCAGUUACCUGUUAGUUUCCGACAUUUGAUUUUACCAGAGAAGAAUUUACCACCAACUGAAUUGCUCGACUUACAACCGCUUCCAAUUACUGCUCUACGUAAUUCCAAGUUUGAAAACAUUUAUGCAGACAAGUUUCCACAAUUCAAUCCGAUUCAGACGCAAGUAUUUAACGCAGUUUAUAAUUCAGACGACAAUGUCUUUGUUGGAGCUCCCACUGGUUCUGGAAAAACAACUAUUGCAGAAUUUGCAGUGUUACGUUUGCUUACUCAGAAUCCAGAGGGUAGAUGUGUAUAUAUGGUCAGUAAAGAAGCUUUAGCAGAGCUAAUUUAUGUCGACUGGUCUAUAAAGUUUAAUCAGCAAUUAGGCAGAAAAGUGGUUCUCCUAACUGGUGAAACAGGAACGGAUCUUAAACUGCUUGCAAAAGGUCAAAUUAUAAUUACAACUGCAGAUAAAUGGGAUGUCCUGUCAAGAAGAUGGAAACAAAGAAAAAAUGUACAAAAUAUUCAACUGUUUAUUGUUGAUGAGUUGCAGUUAAUUGGCGGUGAAGAGGGACCUGUGUUAGAAGUAGCAUGUUCAAGAGCAAGGUAUAUUUCUUCACAACUAGACAAACCAACGAGGAUCAUUGCAUUAUCAGCUUCGCUUGCUGAUGCAAAAGAUGCUGCACAAUGGUUAGGUGCACCCGCUGCAGCAACUUUCAACUUCCAUCCAUCUGUUAGGCCUGUACCAUUAGAAUUGCAUGUGCAGGGAAUAAACAUUACCCACAAUGCAUCCAGAUUGGCUGCUAUGGCCAAACCAGUGUACAAUGCAGUACUUAGAUACGCAUCUCAUAAACCUGUUAUUUGUUUUGUGCCCACUCGUCGUCAGGCCAGAUUAACAGCUAUAGAUUUACUGACGUUCACAGCUGCAGAAGGACAACCUUCUCGGUUCUUCCACGCGGAAGAAGCUGACAUUAAGCCGUUCUUGGAUAGAAUGACUGAUAAAACUCUAAAAGAAACACUUUCACAAGGAGUGGCUUAUCUUCAUGAAGGAUUAUCCGCGGAUGAUCGUCGACUCGUUGAGCAACUCUUUGACAGUGGUGCAAUACAAAUAGCGGUUGCCACAAGAGACCUUUGUUGGGGUUUAUCCAUUACCUCACAUCUUGUAAUCGUUAUGGAUACUCAAUGCUAUAAUGGGAAAACACAUGCUUAUGAAGAUUAUCCUAUUACUGAUGUGUUGCAAAUGGUAGCACGUGCUAAUCGUCCUCUGGAGGAUGAUGAUGCUAAAUGUGUUCUCCUUUGCCAGAGUUCAAAGAAAGAUUUCUUCAAAAAGUUUUUGAACGAGCCUCUACCUGUGGAAAGUCACUUGGAUCACAGGCUACACGACCAUUUUAAUGCAGAAAUUGUGACUAAAACAAUUGAGAAUAAACAGGACGCUGUUGAUUAUCUCACGUGGACAUUCUUAUACAGGCGACUUACACAAAAUCCUAAUUAUUAUGGUUUGCAGGGAGUCACACACAGACAUCUAUCAGAUCAUUUGUCUGAAUUGGUUGAGAGUACCUUGAGUGACCUGGAACAAGCGAAAUGUGUUGCAGUGGAAGAUGAGAUGGAUACUUUACCAUUGAAUCUUGGAAUGAUUGCAGCUUAUUAUUACAUAAAUUAUGCAACUAUUGAAUUAUUCAGCCUUUCUUUAAAUAACAAAACCAAAAUUAGAGGUUUAUUAGAAAUUAUCUCAGCAGCAGCUGAAUAUGAAACUGUUCCAGUCCGGCAAAGGGAAGAAAACUUGUUGAGGAGCUUAGCAGCAAGACUUCCACAUGCGCCUCAAGCUACAAGAAUGGCUGAUCCUCAUGUGAAAGCACAACUUUUGUUACAGGCUCACUUAUCCAGGAUACAACUUGGUCCUGAACUUCAGAAAGAUACAGAAUUGGUAUUGAGCAAAGCUAUAAGACUGAUACAAGCUUGUGUCGAUGUUCUCAGUUCAUCUGGUUGGUUAGCUCCUGCAGUAGCUGCUAUGGAAUUGGCACAGAUGGUCACUCAAGCAAUGUGGUCCAAAGACUCUUACCUGAAGCAGUUGCCACACUUCAGUGCUGAAACUAUCAAACGUUGCACUGACAAAGGAGUGGAAACAGUAUUUGAUGUGAUGGAAUUAGAGGAUGAUGAUAGGAAUCGUCUCUUACAAUUAUCAGAAGCACAAAUGGCAGAUGUUGCCAAAUUCUGUAACCGGUAUCCGAAUAUAGAAAUGUCAUAUGAAGUUCAAGACAAAGAUAAGUUGCGCAGUGGUGGUGCAGUCAAUGUUAUUGUUCAACUUGAAAGAGAAGAUGAAGUCACAGGUCCAGUGGUUGCACCAUUCUUCCCACAGAAACGUGAAGAAGGGUGGUGGGUUGUCAUCGGUGAUCCAAAGACAAAUUCCUUGUUGUCUAUUAAGAGGUUAACAUUGCAACAGAAAGCAAAGGUCAAACUUGAUUUUGUAGCACCUGCCCCUGGUCAGCAUUCCUAUACUUUAUACUUCAUGAGUGAUGCUUAUUUGGGAUGUGAUCAGGAAUACAAAUUUACAAUCAAUGUAGGAGAGUAUGAAUCAGAUGUCAGUUCAGGGUCAGAAUCAGAUUAAAUUAUCAUUAAGUAAUA